AUGCUAUUUGUCUUGAUGAGUAUACGGUCAAAAUAUACAUUGUUUACAGGAUUCCCAAUCCAAUGUUGGGUUCCAGCUACGUUUACCGAUGCUAUGGAGCAAUAUACGGAAAACUACUGUUGGGUACAAAAUACCUAUUGGGUUCCAAUGCAGGUAUGCGCGAAAUAUAAUCAAAUUUUGAAGAUAUCGGAUGCUAUUUUGCGUAUAGCAGCGAAGAAAAUAUAUGUUUAUGCUGUAUACGUUCAGGAGGAUAUUCCCCGCGAAAUUUACUCACGUCGCAAUCGGCAAAUUGGUUAUUAUCAGUGGGUGCCUUUCAUACUGGCAAUAGAAGCGCUUCUUUUCUAUGUGCCGUGCAUACUUUGGAGAGGACUGCUUUAUUGGCACAGUGGAAUCAAUUUGCAAGGUCUCGUUCAAAUGGCAUGCGAUGCUCGUCUAAUGGAUUCUGAAGUGAAGACGAGAACCGUCUACACUAUGGCGCGGCAUAUGCAGGACGAAGUGCAGUUGACAAACGUCGACCGAAGCGGGCAUUCGCGAACAUGCUUCACCCAUAUGCAAGUAGGAGCGAAUUGUGGUCGACAUUGCGGCUGCUACGUCACUAUGCUAUAUAUUGGUAUAAAAAUUCUAUAUUCUGCCAAUGUUCUGCUGCAAUUUUUUCUUUUGAAUCAUCUGCUCGGCUCGAAUGACCUAGCUUAUGGCUUCUCAUUAUUGAAGGACCUUAUGCAUGAAAUCGAAUGGGAACAAACGGGGAUGUUCCCUCGCGUAACGCUUUGCGAUUUCGAGGCAAUAUACUGGAAGCAUACUUGCACUUUGUCCCAAGCAUUUAAGGGUAUGUCAUUUGUUCGGAAGUACUUACGUGUACUUGCCGAUCAUCCGGCUAAACCUAUUGCUGACGACGUAACUCUGCGGAAGUUCACCAACAACUUCCUGCGAAAAGACGACUUUAACAAUGUGGAUCGUUCGCCGACGCAGUUUUGGGAUGCCGAACACGGCCAAGGCACCCUCGAUUAG